CGUUUCUAUUCAGCCAUUCAACUCACACAAAGAAGCACAUCUAAAAUGGAUCCAGCUGUGUCAUACAGUCAGAAUGAUGGCAAGACUCCUUACUCUCCAGCUACUGUUAUUGAAGUUGGCCAGGACCCAACACUUGUGAAAGAUUACGUUGUGUGGUCCCUUUUCAACCUUGUUAACAUGAACUGCUGCUGCCUGGGAUUGAUUGCAUUGUUUUAUUCUGUUAAAUCCAGAGACCAGAAGCAUUCAAAGAACCUGACUAGCGCCAGAGACUAUGGUGAAACUGCAAAACGUUUCAACAUCGCCAGCACUGUCAUUUCUGUAAUUGUUAUUGUCAUCAUUUUAGCUGUUUAUAUAACAAGCUUUAUUGCUAUGCUGCAACAAAUCCAAAGGGGACCGUGAAGCUCUGAGAGAUCCAUGCAGACUGUCAAAUUCAGUCUUUGUCAUUAUGGGCUUGUCAUUCCUUUUAAAAAUAAUGUCACCAUCAGAUAUGUUUUGUAUAUUUUAUGGAUAUUUGCUUAGUACAAAAUACAUUAUGUACAUUUACUAUUAAAGUCUUGUAUGCUUUUUUUUACUGAAAUGCACGGUUAAUUGCAUGAAUGUGAUCAAUCAAACGUAUUAUUGUCUAUAGUGCACAACCUCACAUCAUUGAGACUAUUUGUAAUAAUGCUAUAAGAACAUUAAUUGAUUGCAAUGCCAUAUAGAAGUGUAAAUCAGUCAACAUAUUUUACACAGAGAAAUAAAGAUUUCCAUUUUCCUAUAUAUAUAUAUAUAUAUAUAUAUAUAUUGUAAGGCAGUGUGUUGUGUGAGACAGCAGGGAGGGGGUUAAAACCUCCCUGAAGGAAAAAUGGCACCUUUUUGUAUUUAGUUAAUUAGUUUUGUUAAUUGUUUUAUUAUUAAUUAUCCCCUGCACCUGGUAGCUAUUGUAAAUUAGAGCCAGGUGCAGGGUAUUUAAGAGGAGCAGUCAGUCUGCUCAAGGCUGCUGAAUAGAGGGAGGCAGAAAGAGGUGCUCUGCUUCCCAGCAGUCAUAAAAGAGUAAGUGCUGUGUAAACCUAUGAGUUUGUGUCGGUGCCAGGUAAACGGCUUAGCCGUCCUGCAAGUUAGUCAGGGAAAUUACCUGUUUAGUUAGAGCUCGUACAGAGCUAGGUGUUUGUUUUGUAUUUUGUUUAUUUUGUGUUUAUUAAACAUAGCGCACCAGCGCUUAAAAAUCAAUUUCUGUCGUGUUGGGUCUAAUUUUAAAGGGGCACGAACCCGUGUUAAGUGAAACCUUUUCACAUUUGGUACCAGAAGUGGGGCGCCCCUACGACCAUAGAAAUGGAUAGCAUCAGAGAGUUAAUUGCAAGGAUCAACCGUGAUACUGCUGCUCAAAUAGAGCGGACUGCGAGGUUGGAGAGAUGGACGAGAGAGAUGGAGUGGGCACUGCCAAAGAUUCAGGAGUGGGAGCAGGCUAACGCAGCUCCGCAGACUCACAAGCUAGAGAAGGAGGAGCUGCUACCGCCGCUUCCGGAGCCCAGAGGGGAGGAGCCGCCGCUGCCAGAGCCGAGAGGGGAGGAGCCGCCGCUGCCAGAGCCCAGAGGGGAGGAGCCGCCGCUGCCAGAGCCCAGAGGGGAGGAGCCGCCGCUGCCAGAGCCCAGAGGGGAGGAGCCGCCGCUGCCAGAGCCCAGAGGGGAGGAGCCGCCGCUGCCAGAGCCCAGAGGGGAGGAGCCGCCGCUGCCAGAGCCCAGAGGGGAGGAGCCGCCGCUGCCAGAGCCCAGAGGGGAGGAGCCGCCGCUGCCAGAGCCCAGAGGGGAGGAGCCGCCGCUGCCAGAGCCCAGAGGGGAGGAGCCGCCGCUUCCGGAGCCCAGAGGGGAGGAGGUGAAAAGCAUACCUCCACCACAGCCCCGACCACCACCCCUACAGUCCAGUUCAGGGCCGCUGCGUCCAGUCUCUCACCCCUUGCUCCUGGACACCCGGCCGGUUUUCCUGGACCUCCCUGUGCUGGGCCUAGAGCCCAGGAGUUUGCAACACUGGCCACAGCUCUGACCCUGGUUCCCUGCUUCGCUCUCCCCGAGCACCCAGACGUCGCUGGGCUGCUGCCAGACGUCGCUGUCGCUCCCACUGUUUGCUGCUUCGCUUCCCCUGGGUGAUCGGACAUCACUGCGCCGGUUCCCAGGGGAAGACCUCUGUCCAUUGCUGCAUCCUCCAGUGCCCCGGCCUACGCUCCGGUCGCCCCUGUCAAACCGUUGGGUUCCCUUGUCGCCGGUGUGUGGUCCUUACCUGGCCGGGCCGGGACGUGGACAGAUCCACCCUCAAGUCCGCCCGUGGAAAAGGGCGAAAAAGGACAUUCAUGGACUCGAGGGUGGGUGGUUGUGUUUUAGGGGAGGAGGUGGCCGUCGAGUGGCCUGUGUCUUGAAAAGACAAGAGGGGGGAUAUGUAAGGCAGUGUGUUGUGUGAGACAGCAGGGAGGGGGUUAAAACCUCCCUGAAGGAAAAAUGGCACCUUUUUGUAUUUAGUUAAUUAGUUUUGUUAAUUGUUUUAUUAUUAAUUAUCCCCUGCACCUGGUAGCUAUUGUAAAUUAGAGCCAGGUGCAGGGUAUUUAAGAGGAGCAGUCAGUCUGCUCAAGGCUGCUGAAUAGAGGGAGGCAGAAAGAGGUGCUCUGCUUCCCAGCAGUCAUAAAAGAGUAAGUGCUGUGUAAACCUGUGAGUUUGUGUCGGUGCCAGGUAAACGGCUUAGCCGUCCUGCAAGUUAGUCAGGGAAAUUACCUGUUUAGUUAGAGCUCGUACAGAGCUAGGUGUUUGUUUUGUAUUUUGUUUAUUUUGUGUUUAUUAAACAUAGCGCACCAGCGCUUAAAAAUCCAUUUCUGUCGUGUUGGGUCUAAUUUUAAAGGGGCACGAACCCGUGUUAGGUGAAACCUUUUCACAAUAUAUAUAUAUAUAUAUAUAUAUAUAUAUAUAUAUAUAUAUAUAUAUAUAUAUAUAUAUAUAUAUAUAUAUAUAUAUGGAUUGCUGAACAAGAUGAAAUGCAAAUGGCAAAAUGGAUCUUUUUAAAAAAAAACCUUUCCUGCACUAUUGAAAUGUAAUCAGUUCUAUUUCUGUUCCUUUUUAACAUGAAAUAAAUACAUUUUCAAGCUAAGAUAUUGUUUCUUUUUUCUCCUUUUAUUUGCUUAAAACUAGGUCUGUUGGUGGCCUCAGAUUCCCUCUGAUCUGUCCGACUGGUAGUGAUUGGUACUGUUUUAUGAAGUAGUAAGUUUAAAAUGAUAAAAUAAUUGUUAUGUGUGUGACCUCAUUUUCUCCUAGCAGGUGCAAGAGGAAGGCCUUAAAAGGAGCGGAAAGUUUCAACUGUUAGUUAGAGAGAGGAAGCUCUCUUCACUCUGUAACCGCAAGCUGCAUCCAUGAAGUUUAGUUAAGAUAUUAAGAUAGUACAGGAUGCUUGCAAGUAGGACAAAGUUGUUUUUGUAGCAUAUGAUUGGUCUCCUCUUGAUCUUCCAAGCUGUUGCUACCUGACAUAUAUUGAGUUGAGCUUCUGUGAUUGGCUCGCAAUAACUGUAGGUUGUAAGGUAUAUAUCACGUUUACUGGCUCUGCGCAGUCAGAACUCUACUUGAUGUUUUUCUAACACCUCGUGUGUUGAGAGUGUUCUUGGAUUUGCAAAUCAUUAAACUUGUUUACUCAA